CACCUCCCUUCUCUCCUCGGAUGGGGCGGACAGAGUUACAGUCGGGACACCCCUCUCAACUUUUCGGAAACACUUCACAAAGUGUCCGACGUCCUGCCAUGCUGGGACUGUAACGCAUUUCGGAUCGCUGGUCUUAUUUCCUUGCGCUCCAGAGUCAUGGCUCCGUUUGGAAAAAACUUCCUGAAAGCUCGGCUGAAAAACAGGACAAAAGAUGCAGAGCCUGUGGUUGGAAAAGAGAUUCAGGUUACUGUCUGCAAUGAAGAGAAAGUCGUCUGUGGAGUAACGAAGCACACAACAUGUACAGAUUUGAUUCAGGCAUUACUGGAAGAUCAUAAAUCAGUCCCAGAGAAGAAGCAGGUCCUGCACGGGGAAGCCAAGGACUUCUGUCUUGUUGAGCGGUGGAAGGGUUUUGAGAGGGCCUUGCCUCCUCUCACCAGAAUUCUCAGACUCUGGUAUGCUUGGGGUGACCAGAGACCCUUCAUCCAGUUUAUUCUAGUCAAAACCAGUGAUUUUGUGCCUCAGCCUGCCAAAAAGGCAGGGAGGGCCAAGGGGGCCAAGCCAAAGCGAUGGGAGAACAGUCGUGCCCAAUACAAUCAGUCUCUGCCGGUUGAGAGGCAAAAGCGCAUGGUGAAGAAAGCUUUCCGAAAGCUGGAAAAGCUGCACAAGGAAAGCAAGAGCUGCCCAGGUGCUGACGAGAUAGACCGGAUGGUGCAGCUUAUUCUGAACCAGGAUCACACCAUCCGAGAGCAAAUCCAACGCAUGAGGGAGGUGGAUUUGGAGAUUGAGCGGUUUGAUCUGAAAGAGCAGGAGGAACCUGAAUCUGAGAGUCCACUGGCUCAGGCUUGUGGUCAGAGUUUGGAGGAGCACAUCGAUGAGCAGCUGCAGGAGUACCUUUACACCAGCGAUGGAGUCAAACAGCUUGAGAUGCAGGUUCAGAGACACCAGGAGCUCAUCCUCCAGCUGUCCCGGGACAUUGACACUGAGUUGAGGAGGGCCGACUUCUCUCUGAGCCAAUAUGAGAUCAGUGAACAGGAAGGAGCUGCUGCUGCUUCCUGGAUGCCCGUGGAGACAGACGAAUCGUUUGACACAGCUGAACUCGAGAGGCUACAGGAUGAACUGAAGCACAGCCUCUUCACCGGUGUGUCCCUUCACAACCAAGCUGCAGAAAUAGACAAGCAGCUGAAGCACUGUGACGCUGCACUGGUCUCCAAGGAUCAGGAGUACUGGCAGCUGGCUGCCCACCUGAGCACACUGCGAAUUGGGGACGGAGGAGAAGAGGAGCAGGCCAGCCCAGUCCCUUUGAAAAGUGAGACUCAGUGCAGUGUCUCACAGACAGUGAAACUCAAACACAACCUGUCCCCUCUAGACGUUACAGACACAGACUCCGACACUGGGAUUAGCUCCACACACAGUCAGGACUCACUGUCACCGUGUCUCGACUUCCCUCCCCCACUAGACACAGACGUUUGAACAACCCGGCUCACCCUGCAAUUUAAUGUUCUAUAUGCACUAGUCCCAGUUUGUGUCUGUCAUGUGUGUUAUUUGAGUCACAAAGCAUCAGUUUUUUUUUCUGAAGGAUCAAUCCAUGGCAAUCUGCUCAGCAUUAUUUGGUUUCAUCUUCUCAAAAUUAAGGUUCUGCAAUUGUCAUAUGACAGUAUGAACAUCGUUGUGUGUUAGACUGUUGGUCAGCAAAAAAAAAAAAAACAAGGAGGAUGUGAGGAUGUUACACUGUACUCAUACUGUAAUGUUUUUUUCCUAUAAAACUUUAGAAUGUCCAACACAUUGAUCAAUAAUGACUGUAAUUGCAGCUUUUAAAGGUUUUUUUCUCAACAACAAAAAGAAAUGGAAGCUUGAUAUCUGUCUCAAACUGUGUUAACUAAAAUUAUAACCUGAUGUUUUUUGCUCACUGAACAAGAUUAUUUUAAUCCACAUGGACAGGAAUCUUUGAGGGUUCUAAAAAUACCUUAAAAAGUAGCUGCAAGUGUUUUUAAAUAACAUUUUGCAUUUCUAAAGACAAACAGAUGCUUAGGUCUGUGACAUAAGGAUUAUAUAUGCUUGGCACAAAACUGGAGCCAUGUAUGCACCAACUGCAGUCCAUCACUGUUUAUGACGGCUGGGUUUCCUGUCUUGUAAGUGUACAUUUCUGCCCACAAAGAAGCAAAGAUUUAUCUUAGCAUAACCAUGUCGACCCGGCUUAGUUACUUCAAGUUUUGAAUGUACAGUCUUCCAGUUCCAAUUUUAAAGUUCUCAAGCUAUUUAUGAAGCUGCACUUCUUUGUACACACAUAAGUCUAUUAACAAUGUUUUAUAUUAAAACAAAUAGCUCACUGUUUUGGAUGUAGAAUUUAAGAUUUGUUAUGAAUUUAACACUCCUCUGGACUACACUGUAAAUAUACUGCUGUAACCACUGUAAAUGAUUGUUCUUCUGACUCAAGCACAAUUUGUAAAGACAAUUUGAGGAAAAAAAAGAUUUAUUUAUCAUAUAAUUGUUGUUGAGAUGUUUCCCCUCUGGGGCCCAUCUGCUGAUCUGAUCAAACACCUAUUUAUAUUUGUGUAAACCAUACUUAAAACAAAAGCUAUGAUAAAGUAAAAUGUACAUUUCAGCUUUCAUAAUAAACACUAAUACUGUUAAUGUCACAAAGAA